AUGUCGACUCAGCCGCAGACGCCUUUACCCCAGGUCGGGAAGCUCGUCAGUGUGGUACCUGUCGGGUUAAAAGAGGCUGCAUUAGACUCACCUACCUUCCGUGCCACUACCCUCCACUUCUCCGACCAGAUCGAAUACCUCGAACGAUGGCUAGAUGGGUACGCAAAGGCCGCAUCGCGGCUUGCAACGGAGCUCUCGGGGCUGGAGAGUAUAGUGGGCGCCUUCCUCUCAUAUUCUACGAAUCCUCUCAUGGUUUCGGAAGCAACUUUGGAUCAUGAUUAUACCAUGCUCUCAAUGCGGAGAUGUGGGGAUAGCUCGAAGGACAUGUGGAAUGGGCUGGUCGCUGGGGCUCGAAAGAUAGAGACUCUAGUUUCAGAGCCCAUCAGAGCCUUCAUCCAGGAAGACAUGCGCAAUUUCAAGGAGAACCGCCGUAUACUCGACCAGGCACAGAAGCAAUACGACACUCUACAAGCGAGAUAUUCCGCCCAGUCGAAGACGAAGGAGCCGUCUUCCCUUAGAGAAGAUGCGUUUCAGCUUCACGAGGCUCGCAAAGCUUACUUGAAGGCGUCAAUGGAUUUCUCUGUGCAGGCGCCACAAAUACGAAAUGCCCUAGAUCGGUUACUGAUCCGUGUAUCGUUCGAUCAAUGGAGGGAGCUGAAGAUGCUCAACAGUAAUAAUGGAGGAGCCUUCGCGAAGUGGGGAUCAGAAAUGGACCGUAUCAAGGGCUGGGUGCACGAAAUGGAAGGCAGCGAGAGGUUCUCAAAGCGUGAGCUAUUUUCUGCCAGGAACCAGAUCGAAGAGGCUGCGGAAGUUGCUGCUCGACCAUCGCGCGAGUUAGAGGACUACUCCAUCUCCACUGUUCCAUACCUCGGAUCCCGUCCAAUCUCAACUCUGAACACCAAAGACGCACGCCCCGAGAAGCAGGGCUGGGUGAACCUACGGAUUAUUUCAAAUAAGCCCACGCGCACUACGUGGGUUCGGCGUUGGGCUUUCCUGAAGAAUGGGAUAUUUGGUUGUCUUGUGCAGGGAAUGCGAACCGGCGGCGUUGAAGAGACAGAAAGAAUUGGCGUUUUGCUCUGUAGCGUCCGACCAGCUUUUCAGGAGGAACGGAGAUUCUGCUUUGAGGUCAAGACCAAGAGUAACAAUAUCAUGCUCCAAGCUGAGACCCAGAAAGAACUCAUGGAUUGGAUUGGCGCGUUUGAAGCUGCUAAGCGAAAGGCCCUGGAGAAUCCGGCCAGCACCGAUCUCUCAGUUUCUGGGAAACCAGCUGUUCAAGACCCUGCAUUUGCAAUCUCGCAACCGCCGGCUCCUGAGUUUGCCGCGGACCCUGCCGACUACUUAACGCCCAAUGUUAGCGACGAACAAAGCUCAUCGGACCGCAGUGGCUUGCUUCCGCUUCCAGAUCGCGAUCCAGCAGCUUUCCGAAAUAGCAGUGAUUUCGGAAGCCACCGACGGCUCACACUAGAACCUGAAAGCCCUGCGCGAGAUCAUGCCUCACGCAUUAUUCAGAAACUUGACCUUCACCGUCGAUCCAACAAUGCGGCACAGCCUUCCAACUCUAUACCAGGUGCUGGUGGCGGCAUCGCCAAUCUUAUUUCCGCUAGCCAUAAUACCAUUGUCUCGACUGAAAUCGAUGCAAAUAAAGCAAUGCCACCGUCAACCCUCACGCCCGCAACGUUAGCGAACCCUCCAGCCCCUACAAGCUUGAGCAAAGCGGCCGUGUUUGUGAGCAAUGAGAGGGGAAUCGGAGUGGGCGCUGCGGACAAAACAGGAGGCAUGCCUAGUGGCAUGAUGGCCAAUCUUUGGGGAAGCUCAAACUGGGGCUUCAUGAAUCGGCUGGAAGUUGAGUACAGGGGGCAAUCGGACGAGAAGAACCAAGGUCAAGAUUUGGAAUCAUCGCUCCAGCCUUCUAUUGCAGAACCAGACACGGCCGGUGGCCCCACUGGCAAAUUGAAGGCGCGUCACAGACCAACUGUGAGCCUUGAUGGCGAUGCAUCCAAAUUGCAACGGGCAAUCAUGGGAGUGGCACACGAGUAUCCAGAAUAUUACCCACCUCAACUCAAAAUCCAAGAUGCACAAUUUCGUCUUCUGUUCCCAAAUGUCAAGAGGGAAGAGCCACUGGUUUUGGUGUUCCGUGCGACUUGGAACCCUAAUGACCAACAGGAGUUCCCUGGACGAGUUUAUGUCACUACGCGAAACAUCUACUUCUAUAGUCACUACUUCGGUCUUGUACUUACCACAAGUGUCUCGUUGGAGAAGAUUAAGGAGGUUACAGCCGCGCCUGGAAGGGACUGUGACUUCCUGUUCCUUCAUACGAUUCCGCCUCCUGGGAAUGACACACCCGGCCGAGUCACAGUGAAAACUUUCCUUGAGCCUCUUAAGGUCCUCCAAAAGAGGCUGAACUUCCUGAUCUAUGAUUCCACAGCCGUUGAGCCCAUGGGCUUGGAAGCUAUCUUCAAGGCCCUGAACAAAAUGGCUAUGGAGACCAUUACCCGAACCCCCAGCUUGGAUAGCUGGGAAGAUGUAGCCGCAGCUGAUAAGCCAGAUGACCAGAUGGAGGUCCCGAAGUCCAACCUUAGGGCACCUAUCUACAUUGACAAGAACUUGGACUUACACCCAAGUAAAGCUGGUGGUGAUACUCCGAAGUUCAGGCUCCCAACCCAAGCAGUGCAGUAUGUUCCUCAAGGAGACCUGCACCUCGCAGCGGAAAAGGUCUUUGACCUUAGCCCUAAAGCUGUCUUUCACAUCCUUUUCGGCGAUAAAAGUGCUGUAUGGCAGUUGCUUCUAUAUCAAAGAAAGGCGAAAGACAUCAAACAAGGACCUUGGGUGAGAAAUGAGUCUCGCCAUCUAAAGCGUGACUUUCACUAUCAGAUUGAGACCGCCGAUAUAUUUGGCCGAACAAGUGCCAAGGCGAUAUCUGAUUAUCAAUUGGUUGAUGUUCUCAAUGACCAUCUAUGCUAUGUGAUCACAGACAAGAGGACCCCGUGGCAUCUCCCUUUUCGACGUUAUUUCAGACUGGUCAACAAGAUUGUGAUCACGUUCGUUGCGAAAGGAAAGAGUAAGCUGUCCGUUUACACGAAAGUAGAGUGGUUAUGGUCACCCUAUGGUAUUCAACGUGUCAUUGAUAAACAAGCUAUGGGUGAUCUGGAAGAAGACGCCAUGGACCUUGUUGAUCUCGUGGGCGACCAAGUGCGAAAGCUCGGUGUACAUAGCCGAACCAAGAAAGCGAUCACAAUUUUCGGUCACGUUGGGCGACAGAGUCUCACGUCCCAGUUCUCCAUUGAUCCAGGUGCGAAGCUGGAGCCCCGCAGGCCUCGGACCCAGAGAUCCCUGGUCCAAUUGCUGUACGAGACAUUCGUUUCGUUCCUCCAGAGCGCCAUCUCGUCUAUCAUAAUUUGGAUAUUCGCCCUCCUACGUUGGGCCUGGAAGACCGCGAAUGCCAACAAGAUUAUCCUUGCGUUACUUGUGUCAAGCGUGUUGUUGAAUGGAUUUUAUUCAUCGCGGGCCACACUCGACUGGUGGCAUGAACGCAAGGUUGGUAACUUCAUGGCACGGAUCGGAGUGCACCCUGAUCAUGUUAUGAGCAAAGCUAUCUACAUGCAAGAUAUCGACGAUGCAAUCGCCAACUCAACCAUAGGAUAUGCCACCGACGACGUCAGCGAUUGCUUCUAUACAUUCCAGCAGCAGACUGUCCGCGACGCUGCCACUCCAUUCUCUCUAAGCACGUCCAGUCGAAAAGAUUCAAUGGCGCGGAGCGCUGCUAAACGAAUCCAGCAUACCCGCGAGAAGCUCGGUGUGUACCGACACAAUCUUCUCGUUGCGCUUCGCGUGGUCAAUAGCAUCGAGAGAGAAGUCAUCCAAAGUGAGUGGGAGCGCUGGCUCCAGCAAGAAUUGCGACGUUGCCGCCAGGUUGAAAGUUUACUCGCCGCGAAAGACGCUAGUGACAGAAGCGGAACACUUGGUGAGCAAAGCGUCUUGUCGGGGCUUAACGGCGAUGUUAGGGCGUGGUACGAAACGUAUUGCUCAAGUUGUCAGAAAGAACAGGAGCGAUUCGACCCAAAUGUGCAGGACUAG